GGAUUUUCCGAUUCAUUCAGUUGGUCGGUGGUCGUGAACUUGAUCAGUGAGUUUGCUUGCCAAAACGUCAGGUUAUCUCUUCGUCAGUCAAUCGCAAUGCUGUGGUGAAACAAUUGCGGAGUAUUGAAGUUUCGAAGGAAGUUCUUUGUGCAAUUGCAAUAAACGGGUUUUAAAUUCAGCCAUGGCCAUAUCAGUCUCCGGAUCAAAAGCUAGACUGAGCAUCCUUUUGGUUGCCAAUCUUUUGCUCCUUGGUUUGGGCAUUGCUCUCAUCGCGUUAGGUUCAAUUCUCAUCGGUAGCUAUCUCCUCAACCACUUGUCUUUCGCCAGUGGCCUGUUCCAUGCCACACCCAUUUUGAUCAUCAUUGCCGGGAUCGCCACCGUGAUCGUGUCCAUGUACGGUCUAGUUCUGUGGAAACGUCAACAAGAAAUUAGUUCAGGGUUGCGGUUCUUCAGCAUCCUGCUUUUUUUGGCAUUCCUUUUGUGCGUUAUUGCCUGCAUCCUCUCAUUUCUCCUGAGAGAAGUGGCUGCCGUUCAUUUUCCCAGUACCAACGUCUUGGCUCAAAUCAGACGAUUUUUCAACGACGAAGACAUCCAAACCCGUUGGAACGCCCUCCAGAGGGGGUAUGAGUGCUGCGGGGGCCAUCAACAGGGCUAUCGAGAUUGGACUCCCAAUUCAGGGAUCCUCAGGGCUGUGCCGGAUUCCUGUUGCAAGUUGGAGUUUGAGCAUUGCGGGGAGAGAGUGAACUUUAAUCAAGAAUUGGCCAUUCCCCGGGUGGACAGUGUGAUUCAUGUCAAGGGAUGCAUGCCCGUGAUCAAGAGUGCCAUGAGGAACAAGGUCCUGCCCAUUCUCAUGGCUUGCGCAUUGAUGGCUUUGGUGGCUGGUCUCAUCGAGCUUCUCCUGAUGCUCUGUGCCUAUUGUUUCGCCGAUCAUGUCAAGAAGAUUAAGGAUGUUAGAAGAUCGCAGAUGUCAUUGGAGCGAGGUCAAACGCCUCCUUGGCGAAAUCCUUCACCCCGUCUUAAAGUUCCAGUUCUGGACGCGUCUCCUUCGUUGAAGCAAAAUCGAUUCUUCUUCCAAAACCAAUCCGACUCCCCCGAGCCCCCGUCUCAAAUUGAGGGAAGUUUGGACGAAAGUAGCUCUCAUUAUGCGAGAAUUCAUAGUCCGGAAAAUAAAAAAUCUGGUUGGUUUUCAAAUUGCUUCGGAAAGAAAAAAACUCCCACUGCCGAACCUCGAACUGAAAUGGACCCCAUGCAUCGUCGAAAAGAGGCUCUAUAUAAUGAUGCCUUGGAUCGAGAGCACACUCUUAUGGGCGUGUUGAAGAAUGUUUCCGCUCCGCCUAGUGAGAUCAAUGACGAAGAUCAGGUUGAAACGGCACCGACAGCACAUCCUCCUCCAACGAAGAAAGGGUUCUCAUUCUUUGGAUUCCGCUCCAAAUCUCGAGAUAACGUAUUGUCAUCCGACUCUAAAUUGAAUAAGAACCAAGGAGACCCGUCAACCACCUCCCAGCAAGUUCGCGAUAUGAAGGCUUUAUCGUUGGACAACUUGCACAAGAAGGACAGCGACACAUCCCGAGGUUUCUUCGCAUUCUUUUCCAAAAGUAAAGAACGUCUUCACGAGGAUGGGAACAAACGGCGGCGGAACUCUGAUACGCCUAAAGGAGGAUCUCAUCUGAAGGAAAGAAGUCAAUCGCAUGACGAAAUGCGGUCAAACCAACAGAAGCUUAAACUGCCCUCAUGGUUAAGUUCCCAACCGAAACGAGGAGACACAGUCGACGACCGGCCGGGUGACAUUGAUCCUGGUUUCGAUGAAGUCGACCUCAAGACACCAGAAGCAAACGUGGAAACGAAAAAAGAUGAAGCCAAUGGAUUAAAAAAGCUCCGGUCGAAAUGGGUGUUCCAACCCAAAACCUCCACAAAACAGGACGACCGCGAUGGAAAUCCCCUGGUUGAAGAGGAUCACCAGAAGUCGGAUAGGUUUGGUGAUACCUCCAAAGCCAUUAUUUCCAGGGGCGUCUCGCCCGCAUUGGCCGAUAGAAUCGAGACCCUGGAAGUCGAACAUGAGAAUGAAGAAGACGAAGAGGUCGAAUCGGUAGUGGACCCUCCAGUUACCACCGUUGAUGUAUCCACAAGUCCAAAAGAGUCCCGAAAGUUGGGAACUCCCUCGUGGUUGUUAGCCCGGGGUCAAUCAGUUGACGCAUUAGACCGAAACAAUCAUAUAGAGCAAGAGAAACGAGAGGAGGAUACCUUGCAAUCUUCCAGUAUAAGCCUGCCCCAUCGUAAACCCACUGUCAUUGGAUCAAAUGAAGAUAUCCUGGACUACGUUAACCGCCGCCCAUCCGUCGGCAAACCUGUGAGGGUUGAAUCGCCAUUGGACAAAAAUCUUACCUCAGAUGAAUGGGAAGGGGACAGUCGAGUCCGAUUAUCUGGCUUUGGAUUGAAUAAACUCGAAGGGUCCCGGAGGGAAAGCCAAACACGAAGUCCGAAUUCCAGACCUGUGCUAGCUUCCGACGAUGAAAGAAUUUCCCAAAUAGAUAUGGAGAUCGAUACGAACAAGAAAUCGCCAAAAAAGAAGGUAUCGUAUGCUGAAGACACACCAAAGUUGGACUCGGAUGAGCUUCCGAAUGUUAUUAGACCCACCCCUAAGAAAUCAAAGUCUUACUUGAAAAUUAAGAUGCCCACUUUUGGCAGACAAAGCCAGACUAAAGCCCACGAUUCACCCACACCAGAGCACGAAACUGACAGACGGGAAUUGGCCUCACAGGUAACGAGUUCCGGCGGGAUUCAGCAGAGUGACCAUGACUUCAUGAAGCACAUCAACAAAUCCGGCUACUACGGAGAUACCAAGUUGCCUACACCGUUAGUUGAAGGUAAAUGGAAGGAAGACAAGGUAGCACGGGUGCAUAUGUCAAAUCCAUAUGCAGGUAACUGGUCUGAAAUGGACGAAAAAAGUCCACAUUAUGCCACCGAUGUCGAAGGUACCAAAUAUCAAACGCCUCCAUCCUUGACCAAGGAUCCUAGCCGUAGACGUUCAGGCCCGUAUUCAGCUGUCUAUGAGGAUCGCCAGACCCCCAGCCACGCUAAAACGGGCACGCAAAGUAAGCAAGGUCGCCGUGCAUCCGAAUCGUCGAUUUCCUCGGGUUCGAGUUCCUCAAAUGGUUCUCGUUCUCCCGCCGAUGACGAUCCAAAUCGGAAGGUCGACUUGGCCAAGUUGAAAAGCCCUCAAUUCUAUUUAGACAAAAAGGAUGGCCGCAUCUUGGCAGCCUUUGAAACUGAACCACAAAAGAAGAGACGUGGCCGGUCCGUGGAUCAUUUGGAUCAAGGCGACGACGAUAUGUAUCUGCCUUUUGGUACGACUGAGUAUUGGAUUCACGAGGUGGAUAAGAAGCUAGAAGAAAAUGAAAAGCACCAAAGGAUCCGAACCCGAUCGGAACCCCGAAUUUCCAAGCGCAGUGAUAGGCGGACUUCCCGAGAUGAAGUCCAAUCCGAUCGGGAUCGCGGCAUUCAAAGCUCCGAUCGGUUUGGGCGAACCAAGAGGCGGGUCAUUCCCCACGGACCGAAAGGCGAGCCUGUUAGGAACAUCAAAAGCCUCGAUCGGAACCGUGGUAGGGAUUUCAGGACUUCUUUGGAAGUAGAGGCCGUGGAAGGAGGUGGAUACCGCAUUCGUCGGGCUUCCGAGGGCGUUCGAAGACCACGAUUUCCUUCCCCGGAAAUGAGGCCUAGGCACGUGUCCGUAACCACUCUACAAAUUAGACAUCAAACGCCCUCGUCUAAGAAAUGACGUUGAGUUUGAGAACCAUUGAUGAUGCUACAAAUAUGAGUCAUUUUAGAUGGAAUUAUACAUGUACGGAACCUUGCUUAAA